GAGGCGGAAGUGGCGGCGCCGGCCCCGGGAGUAGGAAGGAGCCGGGGCUGCACCCCGAGCAGAGCGGCUGCCAGCCGAGGAGCAGGCGCGGCGGUGUCGCCAUUUUGCGGCCCUAAGCGGCCGCGACCGAGUCAUGGCCGAGACCUACGACUUCCUCUUCAAAUUCCUGGUGAUUGGCAGUGCAGGAACAGGCAAAUCAUGUCUCCUUCAUCAGUUCAUUGAAAAUAAAUUCAAACAGGACUCCAACCACACAAUUGGCGUGGAGUUUGGAUCUCGGGUGGUCAACGUGGGUGGGAAGACCGUGAAGCUACAGAUUUGGGAUACAGCUGGCCAGGAGCGGUUUCGGUCGGUGACACGGAGUUAUUACCGAGGGGCAGCUGGAGCUCUGCUGGUAUAUGACAUCACCAGCCGGGAGACCUACAACUCACUGGCUGCUUGGCUGACGGAUGCGCGCACACUGGCCAGCCCCAACAUCGUGGUCAUUCUCUGUGGCAACAAGAAGGACCUGGAUCCGGAGCGCGAGGUCACUUUCCUGGAGGCCUCCCGCUUUGCCCAGGAGAACGAGCUAAUGUUCCUGGAAACAAGCGCUCUCACGGGUGAGAAUGUGGAGGAGGCAUUCCUGAAGUGUGCCCGCACCAUUCUGAACAAGAUCGACUCAGGUGAACUGGACCCCGAGAGGAUGGGCUCCGGCAUUCAGUAUGGUGAUGCCUCCCUUCGCCAGUUGCGGCAGCCUCGGAGUGCCCAGGCCGUGGCCCCUCAGCCCUGUGGCUGCUGAGACCUGCAGAGUCAGCUCACCUGCUCUCCAGGACCAGCCCUGUCCUUCCGUCUGGGGCCCAGACACAGGCCCUGGGAGGCCGAGCCCCUCACCUGCCCUGGCCCCAGAGAAGCUGCCCUGCCACCGGUCUCCCUUCCCUGGCCUGGUGGGGCCUGGCUGAGGGGCAAGACUGAGCCAUGGGGGAAGGGGGAUUCUCUCCGUGCCUGCUGCUGCUUCCUCUGUCUUGGCUAACCCCUGUUUCCCCUGAGCCCCUAACUCCUCUUUGAGCAUACUCAGAGAGUUCACAAAGCCUGAGACCAGGGCCAUUUGGCCUCAGCAUCCCUGGCCCUGCCAUUGCGAGUACGUGUUAUUUAUUACCUGGAGGCCUGUCCUGUUCCAAUGCCCGCCCCCCCCAUAAAGCAUUGUUUAC